GGGCUUAGGCAACUUGCCUAUCUGGACCAAUGGGGAUCCCUGGGGAUAAGGUUGUGGAGAAGUGCAACACGUGGGAGCGGAUGAGCGGUCCCGAUCUGGUCUCUAUUGUUCGGCAUGGUCAACCCUCCUCCUCCUCCUCUCCUGCUUUCCUCGGCCUGAAGGAAUGUCCCGACGUGGCGUGCGCGGUGCAACCGUCUUAUCCGUUCAUUAACACGUCAGCAAUCUUAUCCGAUUCCCAAAUUGCUUAUAACGACUCCCACCCCAAAUUCUCCCCACUGAUAUCUGCCAAGGGAGAACCACCUGCAGUUGCAGUUGCAGCAGCAGGAGCAGCAGCAGGAGGAGGAGGAGGAGGAGGAGGAGGAGGAGGUGGCGAUGCCAGCGAUCCAGCCGUUGUCCUCUCUCAAUGGGACCGCAGCUUGGGCAAAUUCCAUCCGUUCGAUGAUAUCCUUCGUCAUCUGGAAGCCAUAGCCACUGCUUGCAGUGCCAUAUCUCAUCUUGAAGAGAUCGGACGGUCAAAUCGCAAUCGACAGAUCGUUGUCCUGGACUUGAACGCCGGACCUGCUCUUUAUGGUGAUGAGGGAGCUAAGUCGACGGUGCUAUUGCUUGGUGGUAUUCAUGGAGACGAUCCAAUUGGGAGAGAGAUUAUUUUGUAUAUGGCCCACCACCUCUGCGCAACUUACCUUGAAGAGAGAGAGAAAAUAGGUUUUGAGCCCAACUCUCCUGGUGGGGGAAGCAGCAUCAACAGGAGGACAACGCUCCAAGGAGAAGGAGGAGGAGGAGGAGGAGGAGGAGGAGGAGGAGGAGAGGAAAGAGAGGGUGGAGAAAGGGAAGGGAAGGCAAGAGUAGACUCGGUACGUAGCAGCAGAAGCAGCAAAAGGAAAAGCCUUCAAGAAGUAUCUGUAACAAGAGGAGGAGGAGGAGAAGAGGUGGGGGAGGAGAGGAUUGACCUCCUGAGCAGCAGCAGCAGCAGCAGCAGCAGCAGCAGCAGGAGGAGGAGGAGGAGGAGGAGGUUUCAGGAAACCUCUGGCGAUGGAGAACGGGCAGAAGGUGGAGGAGAAGGAAAGGCAGAGGGAAGGAGUUCGUUUGCUGGCAACCUCGACGGUUGGGAGAGGCUUGAAACUGCGUCGGGAUCUGAAGCAGUAGAGGGAGAACUGCAAGAAGGAAAGAGGGAGGGAGAGACCGUUGUGCUUAGCAGCAGUAGCAGCAGCGGCUCGACGAGGUUUCGAGGGGUACUUGAAGGGGCAGGAAGAGGAAGAGAGGGGGUCAAAGGAGAGCCAUGGAUUGAAGGAGGGGGGGAACAAUUGGUGAAGGCAAUGGGCAUUCUUAGCAAAACCAACAGGAAAAAACUGCAAGCACUUUCCGCAUCAGGAGAAGCAAGCGAGGGAAAAGGAAAAGUGAGUGCAAACGAAGAGCAGGAGGGAAGAGGCGGAGGAGGAGGAGGAGGAGGAGGAGGAGGAGGGGGAGGAGGAGGAGGAGUGGGGGGGGGCGAAGGAAGGGAGCAAAGUUCUUCCACUCCGACCCAAUCCAUUCCUUCCGAAUUGCAAAACAGCCCCUCCGAUCUGAUGACUGUCAUCUUGAGAUCCUCUAGGGUUUUGUUGCUGCCAUGCCUGAAUCCCGACGGGCUAGCUGCCGGAGGCCAACGUGGCAAUGCCAACGGUGUUGAUCUGGAUAAGAACUUUCCUGAUAGGUUCGACGGGUCAAGGUCAGUACUAUCGUCGGAGCCUGGACGAAACAUCGACAAACGUGGUCCCGAUGGGGAAGAGUUGGUGGCAGUACCAGAGGUGGAAACUAGCGCCUUCAUGCGAUGGAGUCUUCAACGGUCAUAUGACGUGGCAGUGGAAUUGACAGGAGGACCCAUCGGUCUCGUAAUCUACCCGUUAUCUUCUUGCGAGCCGUUAGCAGCAACGAGUAGGAGGAGGAGGAAAGGGGGCGGGGGGGGGAGGGGGGGGGGAAGGAGGGGGAGGAGUACGAUGGAGGAGGAAGGAGGGGAAGGAUCGUUGUCUACGAGUUAUGGUGGUGGUAAUUGGUCAACGGCGACCGACUUGGCAAGAACCGGGGAGCUACCAGGGUCGGCGAGGCCCGACCAGAACGAGAAGAAGGGAGAAGAGGGGGAAGAGGAGAAUCAGUGGGUAGGGGAGGAAGGCUUGGAGAGACAGAAUUGCCCCUCCCUCGAUCACGAGUUGUUUCAACGGCUAGGAUCUUCUUAUGUGCAGAGUCAUCCUGCUCUGAGAAACGGUGGUGUGGCAUGGAAAGACGUCUGCUUCUUCCCCACGGCAUCGGCAACACGGGCAGAGAUAGAUGUAGCGUACGGCACUCUUCAGGACUGGAACCAUCUGCAAGCCGGGACCCCUACUCUAUUAGUCCAGGUGUGACAUCGCCAUCUACCUGCCAAGCGAACUUCUUUUUGUGUCUCCACAUGCUAGAUUGCA